GCUGUGACCUUUCCCGUGCAUGUUUGGAUGAUUGCGAUAUAAAUGAUAUUCGAGAGCCCAGAAGUAAUUAAGUCAGGGUUCUUCUCGCGGCCAGGUCGGGCGUUGCUAAGCGUUGCCGUAGGCCCCUCUCAGCCAAAACAUCAGCCCAAAACACAUGCAGAGCACCUCGCCAGCGCAACAAGCGACCGCAGCUCCAAUAGACGCAAAGGACUUUUGCUGUUUCCGUGGUCCAGCUUCCAUUACACAAUGUGCCGACGUCCACGCGCAGCCAGCAUCAUCUGAGCAGCACUGCCCUGCCACACGACAAGGCAGUCAACGGGCAACCCCCACCAGGCUGCUUGACGACUAGAGCUGCCUACAAGGGCAGAGCGCGCGCACUGUGCAACCUCCCGCUAGCCUCCUCAUUCACAUCUCUCUGCAAAUACCGCCGCCAUGGUCAAAGCCGAUGCCACGCGAAACUACUAUGCCGACCUGAAGGUAUCCCCGACGGCCAGCGAGAACGAGAUCCGCAAGGCCUUCCGAACGCUGGCACUGCAGUAUCACCCAGAUCGCAACCCUGGCCGCGAAGCCGAAUUCGUUGUCCGCUUUCAAGAGAUUCAGGCCGCACACGAGAUACUAUGCGAUGCAGGCCUACGGGCAAAGUACGACGCCGAUAGAAGGAAAUACCGCAAUGUAUCUGCCCCUGGCCAUACCCCGAACACACCGCGAACGAGACCGCCGCCGCCUCCCAGGAACGCAUACACUACGACUACCCCACAGGGCUCUUACUAUCGCGCACCUCCGCCGAAACCACAGCCGCAAGCCCAGCGCCCUCCCCCACCACAACAACAUCACAGCACAUACAACACCGGUGCAGACAGGUUCACGGGCAGAAACUUCCGCGCGCCACCAACAGCGCAGCGACCAGACACAAAGGCCAGGGAUGCAGAGGCUCGCGCGAAUGUCUUCACAGCAUGGCAGAAGAUGAAGCAGCCACGAGGCGAGGACCCUCGACAGCACAACCCAAGCGCCCAGAAUAGUCCGCACACCAAUCCGCAGAACAACCCCAAUGGCACCCCCUUCGGCCGCAGUCAGAGCACCCGGGUCCCGUCGUCCAAGACUGGGUUUGACCCAUCAACACCAGGCGUCGAUGAAGGCCAGGCACGAUCAGCGUAUAGGAACUAUGCCCGUCCGGCCCCAACGCCACCCAUGUCCACGACUCCUGAUAUAGAAAGCCAUGCCGAUGACGUCCCAUAUUCAGAAGCCAACCGCGUUCGCACACCAUACCACUCCCACGUAGCAGGCGAGCGUACCUCCAUGUUCGAAGGUCUUGGACGAUCGUCCAGCGUGCGCAACUCGCCAACACACUCGCACCGAGCAAGUUAUUCGCAAGAUGCCGGCGCCUUCUCGGACUCGGGUCGCAGGACACAGGGGAAGAAGCCCAGCGCGAAGCCGAACCCAUUCGCUCACGGAUAUCCCGACUCUAGCGACGAAGAAUCCGACUCGGAAGCGUCCAACAUCGGCAACAAACACCGUGACCCUCCUCCACCACCUCAAACCACAAGACCGCCUCCGCCAACCUGGGCAGAAGGCAACUUCACAACUCCUGAUCCGAAACGACAGGGCAACGGCGCGCCAGGGAACAUACCCAACAGCUUCAAGAGCAGAAGUGAAGAAAGCAUUAACUUGAAAUUCUCGCCUUCGGACUGGCAUGGCAAGUUCGAAGGCAGUGGCAGUUACUUUGCUCCUAACAUGCAAAAAGGUGCCAACGGAAAAGGCCGAGCCUCUCCAACCCGCGGCAGAUCACAGCGAAAUGCGACAGACCGUAAUCCCUUCAGUACACGACCGAUGGACCCGCCUCCCGUUGCGCCGAACGGACAGCCAAUACCUCCCCCUCCACCGGGACCACCGCCUGGCGUCAACUUCGCCCCACCUAAGAUGGCGCCACACACUGCCAAAUUCAGUCCUCAAGCCUGGCAAGAGACGUUCAAGGAUCCAAACUGGGUAUACAACCAGGAGAAGGAGACAUCGCCGCGUCGACCAUCAGAGGCUACGAAACGUCCAAAGGCUGCGCGGAAGGCUUCGGUACAACAGAACGGAGCGUCGAAGCCUCAGGAGUCAACCGACACUUCGAGGUCCAAGUACCAGGCCUUUGCAGAAGAGCCAGCAAGUGGUGAUGUAGAUGCCAUGGAUAUUGACCCUAUUCCACCACCAAGUGCGAAGCCCGCGAAGAAGGGAACGCGUACAUCGCCAAGAUUAAACACGGCAGGUGCUGGCGCGAUACCUAAUGGCGCUGCUACUGCACCUUCUUCUGCGACCACUGCAAAACCGCCAGCCGAAGGACUGAACGGUGUUGGUCCAGACAUGAUCAACCCGGUCGUGGAGCCUCAAAGCAACGGACUUUCCGGCAUGGGAUCUGUAAUGGAUUCUCUCCCUUUCCCUUCCGGCGCAUCCAACUUACAUCCUAUCAAGUCAGAUGCUGCAAAGAACCUCAAGUAUCCAGAAAUACCCGGUGCACCUACCCCACCUACCAAGCUGGACGUGGCUUCCGUAAACAUCUACUUCGACCGCAUGGGCUCCUAUGUCAAGUCCUACAGGAACUACUGCCAAGUUCUUACUAGCCACUUUGCGGCGCGGAGCAGCGAGAUGGAAGACUUGGAUCAUCACUUCAUCCACAACCGCGGCGAGACUACCAGGGGAAUUGGGUUUGCGAGCUACAUGGCUAAGAUGGAAGAGGACGAAAGUGUCAUGGAGACAUGGAAGCUUGCGCAAGAAAAGCAUAUCACUGCGCUGCAGCAGUGUGCAGAUGUGCGGAACAAGACCAUGAAGUUGUACCAGACCCUACAAACCUGAGCCUGGCGCUUUGUCGCUGGCUUGAGUUUGCAGGUGUGCUGACGUGUCCUAGAACGGGCCGUUGCCAAGGAGAGGGCAGGCGCCAGGACGUUCGUGACGUUGUCGAAGAGCUGCAGGAGUUCACUUUGAAAGAGACGCAGUCCGUUCCUACGCAUGCAGCAUCUUCGCGCCGGCGCACGUCUAGUUCAGUUCUUGGAAUGAGGAUCUCGAGUGCGUUUCGCA